AUGGCGGCCGCCAUCUCUCCUUGUUCCCCGAAUUCUCCGUCACCAAAAUUCCGCCGGACAAACUCGUUAGCGUUCGCCAAAUCAGAUUGUCAUAACUGUUCCUCGCUAGGUCUGCAUUGCGACCGCCAGAGACCUCGCUGCAAGACAUGCCAGAAUUCCGGAAUUCGCUGUCAAGGGUUUUCCAUGCAGUUGACCUGGCACAGAAAUCAUUCCAUGGUUGAUAAGCCUCCAAAGGUCAAAUCAGGAACGAUAGUUGCAGGAAGGAAUGAUUCAGUAUCUGGCAUCCAGAUGAAAAGAGGUAGCUUCCCGCUUGAUCAAGAUGAAGAAUCACCAAGACUUCAUCCAGCGUCCUCCAGGAAACAAUUCAUGUUCGUGUCAGGUCGAUCAGCGAAACGACGGAAACAGGGUUACAGGUCGACACGUGCGACUCAAAUUCUUGAUGGACAAUCUUCACUGAAUAAGAGCCAUGAUACGAGUCUUCGGAAGUCAGAACACGAGGCCACUCUUGAACAGCCAUCCGAAUUUCCAGAAUAUCGAGGCCAGGUAGCCCCCGUCGCGGGGGAUAUAAUCAACAACGAUAUUCCAGAUUUUCAAACACCAGCCCCAGAUGAUUACAAUAACGCUCCUCUGCAGCAGUCGCAAAUUUUGCCCAUCGCUUCUUCUCCCGGUGCGCUCAUGUGGGACGAAAAUAAUCUCGAUUGGAACACUGCACCGGGCGAAGAGCUUUCUCAAGAUAUUUUGGAUGGUGAAAGUCUGAAGCAGUGCCUGCAAAUUCAACAGCAAUCAUUUGAAAUUCCAUCACCAAUUCUCGGGCUCGAAAUGGCCACAUUAGCUUCUGGAACCCUGGGGUGGGAUGAGCACGAAACAAAUUCUCCGAAUGCCCACGACAUAUGUCGAAUACCGUCGUCGAGAAAAUCUUCAUCUGGUUCAGACCUCUCCACUCAGUCAAACUUUGCAUAUUAUGAUUCGUUCAUUCCUCAAUUCUGCCAUUCAACAUUGCACAGCAAAUUUUAUGGCCUCCUUGACAUGUAUGACCAAGAGUUCUGCAAAUACCCAGUCACGAACGACUUUUGCGUUAACCCAUACCGCUAUCGACCGGAGACUACCAAAGGUUCCCAGCACCUCCUUCAUGCUAUCAUGGCAAUUUCCUGCCACUUCCGCCUGCGCACGCCAACUCAACCUCAGCCUCCGUCAGACGCUAUUGAUCACAAGAACACGGCUAUGGUGCUGUACCAGGGGGCUCUGUCUAGGAGUGAUGUCCAUCUGAAUGGACUUAGUAUGCUUGACACAUCUCUAGCUCUGUGGCAGGUGGAGGCGACUCUAUCGUCACUGAAUAUUUGGAAGACCCAUUUGACGAAUGCAUAUCAUCUCCUCGAGUUGUGUGGAGGGAUCCAAAGGUGGUCAAUCAGCAUAAAAGCCCACGUUCAAGUGUCAAUGCUGCUAUGGUGGGACACAAUGGUCGGUCUGCUCUCGCGGGAGGCACCUGUAUUUCCAUAUUCCUACUUCGAGGCCGUUCUGAAAGUUGAGGGCCGUCAACCCUGGACAUUCUACGAAUUAAACGGCUGUCCUCGCGAACUGUUGGUACCCAUGAUGCAGCUCUCGAAUCUCGCCGCACGUCAAGCAGAGCGAAAGAGGCACAGUGAAACCAUUUCUCGACUUGUGGCCGAAAUUGAGCUUUCUGUUCGAAGAUACGAAUACCAUGGCGGCGGGGCCAGUGAUCUGCUAUUUGAGGGAAUUGACGUCGACGAGGAAGCUUUGCAUAGGGAGCGUGACCGAUACCACUGCUGUGAAGCCUUCCGAUAUUCGUUGCUGAUCUAUAUUCUUCGCAUCUUCCGAAUGUCCCAAUCCAAAGUCGGCCGCGGCGCUGACGGCGUUGCUGUGGACACCUGUACCCGUCCUCAGCUUAGGUUCCUUGCUCGCGUCGCCCUCGAUCAUGUGCACGCCUGCCGAGCAAGUUCACUCAUUCAGAAACAAUUGCUAUUCUGUGUCUUCAUUGCUGGUAGUGAGACACGGACGCCUGCGCAUCGGCAAUUUGCUCGUGAAUACUGUCAUCGGUGGUACGAGAAAUUCGGAUAUCAGAUGUACAACACCGUGCUCGAAAUCAUGGAGACUGUUUGGGCAGAGCAAGAUUCGGGAAAUGAAGACUUCUGGUGGGGAGAUGAACUGGAUGAACGAAGGUCAAGAGAAGGGAAUUAUGUUCAAUUUUGCUUUGGAUGA